UGAGGUUGUGUGCGGAGGGUUUCUGCACGGAUGUAAAGAAAUUUUUACAAUAAAUGCAUAAUUAGUUACAACCGUUUUGUUGUAAUACGAGUGCGCAAAGCAUUCUAAGUUCAAUUUAAAUAAAAGUGUUUUAAUUGCCCAGCAACAACCAUGUGCUUAUAUAUAUAUGUAUGUAUCCAAUUCGUUAGCGUAUUUCGUGUGUGAAACCAGUUUUCCAUUCGCAUAUAUUGUAUAUGAAGAAAUAGAAAAAUAAAUACAAAAUACAAAAGACAACUUUUGUAUUGCAUUUACAAAAAUCAAAGUUAACUAAAUACAAAUUUUGUGAAACAAAUAAGCUGUAUGCUGCCACCGCUUGCUCACUAAGCAUUUGGAUUAAACUAUUUUAAAAAUCUGCAUUACCGCCCACACACUCUACGCUAUCAAAAUGCAGUCGAGGAACCAUAUGCUCAUCCUUAUGCUGAUCGGACUCUUCAUGGCCGCCAUCCAAGCUGCUGAUGAGAAAUCCGUUAAAUCUUCGCUAGCAGCGCCUUCAUCAACGUCAGCGACCAAAGAUGAAAUUUAUAUCGACGAUGAUAGCAUUGAUGGUUCCGGCGGACGCAGUGGGGUACACGAUGAUCUAGAUAAAGAAGCGGACUAUUCUGGCUCCGGUUUCGGACCCGAUGACGAGGACGCCAUAACAGAUCAUCACAGUUCGCACAAUUCGCGAGUCCACAAUACGCAGCUAAACGCGAAUACAAAUAGUAAGCAUAAUACAAACGACAACAACGACCUCAUCUCUAGUAGAGUCAACCACCACAAUCAAAUCGACAACAACAACCAUCAAACGAAUAGUGGCACAAUCAUUGGUAGUAGCACCAACAACAACCAGAACAACAACAUUAAUAUCAAUAAUAAUAACAACAACAUCAACGGCAUCAUCAGCAGUGGUAGUGACAUCAGUGGUCAUACAAUCGCUCAUACAGCAACACCAAUACAUCCCUCCACAACAGUCCAAACUAGCACCAGUAGCAACAACAACAACAACAGCAGCAUCUCCUCCUCUUCCUCAUCCUCCUCUUCCUCCUCCAGUAGCGGUGAUACCCACAUUAUUAAACCCGAUGUACCCACGCCGGAGAGCGUUCCAAGCUCCACCACAAGCAGCACACAAAAGACGCCCAUCAGUGCUCUUCCCGAUGCCACCAUCGAUGGGGAUGAUGAAGAUGAUGUCAUUGACUUGGACGACACGAACGAAGGCAGUGCCGACGGCGAUGAUGAUAAUGAAGAUAAUGAUGAUAAUGACGAUAAUGACGACAACGACGGCGAUGAUUUGCAGGGCGUUGGCAAUGGUGGUGGUGACGAUGAUUACGACACCGAACACCAAAUCUUUAAAACAGAUCAAGAGUCGGUGGGCACGCCAAAACGCCCUGAGGGCGUUGAGGAAAUUAACCCUCCGAUCGAUGGCAGUGAGGACGAGGAUGAGGAGCUAUAUACGGAUAUUAGCGAUCCCAGUGCCGGCCAACGCGAACCGGGCACUACAAACAUUCAGGGCAACAUUCACGAAUUGGACCCGAACAACAACAUCAAUAGCCAGCCAACAGAUACCAAACCGAUUGAUCACACGCCUAUCAACGAGGUAGUCAUCAUGAGCGACGACGAUCGCACGACGAGCUUCUUUGCGCAGCCCGGCAUUUUGGCAGCUGUCAUUGGCGGCGCCGUUGUUGGCCUUUUGUGUGCCAUUCUCGUGGUUAUGUUCAUUGUUUAUCGCAUGAGGAAAAAGGACGAGGGCUCCUAUGCGCUGGACGAGCCAAAGCGUUCUCCGGCCAACAACUCGUAUGCGAAAAAUGCGAAUAAUCGCGAGUUCUACGCCUGAGAUAAUGGCUCAGCGCGCAGGUAUUAAGUUGACAAUGCAAAUGAGCAACAACAACAACAACAGCAACAACAACAACUGGAGUAGCAGGAGGAGCAAAAGGAACAACUUGGAAUGAUAUGAGGGAGGCAUUUAUAAAAGCAUACGCAAUAGAAUUGGUUAAGCUCAACUAAUACACUGCGCGAAAAGUCGCAGCAGAGGGCAACAAACUAAAAACAAAA